AUGGAGUAUCUGCUCCCUGAGCAUGUGCUAAUGCGCAAAUCCUUUCAAAAGGUUGUCGUGACAUGUGGCAACCGCCUCAAGGAUCACCCGAGUUUGAGCACCGAUACACGCGUAAAGGACAAGGCUACAUUCAACGCGUUCGCGUGCACGUCAGCAAAGUGUCCGUGCCGGUCGCUCUUCUACAUUGUUGCCGAAGGCGCGUGGGUGCUCCGGUGCCGAUGCAAACACAAACACAUCGACCACGACGCGACUGCAUCGUUUGACCCGGGGGAUGUCUUCAAGCAAGUUGUCGACUGGCUCCCAGGACGAUUCCUUGGCAUCCAAGCCGAGCCACUUGACUAG